ACACCCCGACAUUUCAGGGGCUGUCGGAGGGUGACGAAUUGUGUUGCCGUUGGCUGCCGGUGAGCUGGCGUCACGCGCGAACGCGCGGCGGAAACCGAGAGACUCGAGCCUCGAGAGUUGAAGGUGACUCGACCGCUGCCGAGGAGAUGCAGAAGGAGCUGCGGGUCUGCACCCGGCCCGGUACUUUCUCCUGCUCCCCUGCCAGCCCGAGGUAAACCUGCUGGAUCAACCCGCCUCGGCGUCUUGCUGUCUACAGAGGACGCAGUCGGAGGGCGGCUGCAACCGCGGAUGCGUAUGCAUGUGUUCUGCACCGUACGGGCGGAAAAAACGCCCCGGGUCCGCGGCCAACGUCUUCCUGAUCGGUAAGGCGGCGCCGCCGGACCCGGACCCGGAUCCACGCCGGGACAGCGCGGAGAGCGCGUGGAGAGCGCAGGGAGUCGCGUGUGACAGCAGGAUGACCGUGCAGGAGUUCAACACGCUGGUGGCGCUGUACCGGGAGCAGGUCAUAUCGGUCGGAGAGAUGUCAGCCGACUGCCCGUCUCUACGGGCUCAGAUGCACCACACGCGAACCAGAGGGUGCUCCGUGGCCCGGGCGGCCCACCGGGACCUCGCCGUCAUAUCCGGGUCAGGGCCAGAGGAUGGCGAGAUCCAGCCUGAGAUCUGUAGGCUGUUUAUCCAGCUGCAGUGCUGCCUAGAGAUGUUUAUCACUGAGAUGCUCAAGUCGUUGUGCCUGCUGGGGGUGCUGCAGCUUCACAGAAAAGGAAAGGACUCGUACCCAGAGCCUAAGGUGGACUUCAAGGUGGACGAGAGCUCGGACAUACCCAUCCUGGAGGACCGCUCCUCCUCUCCUAUAGACUAUCCACAGGAGCCAUGGCUGGUGGGAACCGACAUUGAAAAUAUUGAGAGGGACAUGCGUGAGAUGCGGAACCUGCUCAGCAAACUCAGGGACACCAUGCCCCUACCCCUGAAGAACCAAGGUGUGCAAUACUAUGUUGAGAUGACAGCAGUUUAUUGAAUUUGACUCCAUAUCAGCUGGUCAGGCAGAGGAAGAGGCGCUUCUCAGGGCUCUGUUGCAUGGUGUCUGGCUGAGUGGCCCUGGGAUCCAUCAGGCAGCAGUCAGGGCAGCGCAUCGGUCCAACAAACUAUUCUUGGACCAAAAAAGAAAAAAAGAAGAAGAAGAAAAAAAGGGACUGGACAUUUUUUUUAAUUUCACAGUAUUUCAAUUUGUUAUAUUAAUCAGUUUGAUUUUAUUUGAAUUAUUCUGCAUUUUUAUUUGAUUCUCCACGUUGGGUGGCGUGACGUCUGGCUUGCUGCCACUCUUCUUCUUUGGUUUUGUUGUUAUUUGGCUGCUGCUGUGCAGUCCUGUUGUAAAUUCCUGCAUCAUGUUGAUGUUCAUGUUUGUCUGUCAAACACUUUUCAUUUUUAGCUCAUCUUUUCUUUCUCUCUUGUGUUUUUCUGAAUAAAAUCCAGAGUCGUAGAUUAUGUGAUGGAUUAGCUGCGGAGAGUCGUUUUUAACCAUUUUAACCCAGUGUUAAUUUGCCCAAUCUGUGUGUCACCAUCUGAAACACAACUUGCUAA